AUGUGGUUCAAAGUGAAAGCUCUAGUGCUGUUUGCAGCCGUUGGGCUCCAAGUUAUUGCCGGUCAGAAGGAACCGCCAGUAACGGAGCUGCCCUACAAUCCUGAUUUUUUUACCGCAAUACCAGUAGAUUUGUACAUACCAGAAGCCUACACUGGGCCUUAUUACGGGAUUAUUCCCCCGUCUCUCCAGGGUGUUGAUGGAACCAUAUCCGAAGGUGGAGCUGUAGUUGGUGGUUUUCCUCCAUCAUUCCAGGGCGUUGAUGGAACCGUAUCCGGAGGUGAAGCUGUAGUUGGUGGUAUUCCCCCGUCACUUCAGGGCGUUGACGGAACCGUAUCCGGAGGUGGAGCUGUAGUUGGUGGUAUUCCCCCGUCACUCCAGGGCGUUGAUGGAACCGUUUCCGGAGGUGGAGCUGUAGUUGGUGGUAUUCCCCCGUCACUUGAGGGUGUUGAUGGAACCUUACCCGGAGCUGGAGCUGGAUCAGGAACUGGAACCGGAGCUGGAGCCGGAGCUGGAACUGGAUCCGGAGCUGGAGCCGGAACAGGAGCCGGAGCCGAAAUUGGAACUGGAACUGGACCUGUACCCGGAACUGGAUCCGGGGCAGAAGCCGGAGCCGGAUCGGGAACUGGGCCUGUACUGGAACUGGAACUGGAACAGGAACUGGAGCCGGAGCUGGAGCAGGAACUGGAACAGCUACAGGAGCUGAAACCGGAACUGGAGCCGGAGCAGGAGCCGAAGCCGGAGCUGGUGCCGGAGCAGGAGCCGGUGCCGGAACUGGGACUGGAACUGGAACAGGAACUGGAACUGGAGCCGGAGCUGGAACUGAAACCGGAACUGGAGCAGGAACCGGAACAGGCACAGGCACAGGCACAAGCACAGGUACAGGAACAGGCACAGGCACAGGCACAGGCACAGGCACAGGCACAGGCACAGACACAGGCACAAGUACAGGCACAGGCACAGGCACAGGCACAAGCACAGGCACAGGCACAGGCACAGGAACAGGAACUGAAGCCGGAGCUGGGACUGAAACCGGAACUGGAACAGGAACUGGAACAGGCACAGGCACAAGCACAGGCACAGGCACAGGUACAGGCACAGGCACAGGUACAGGCGCAGGAACAGGAUCUGAAACAGGAACUGGAUCAGGAACUGGAUCAGGAACUGGAUCAGGAACUGGAUCAGGAACUGGGUCAGGAACUGGAUCAGAAACUGGAUCAGAAACUGGAACAGGAACUGGAACAGGAUCUGGAACAGGAACUGGAACAGAAGCUGGAACAGGAUCUGGAACUGGAACUGGAACAGGAUCUGGUACAGGAACUGGAACAGGAACUGGAACAGGAACUGGAACAGGAACUGGAACAGGAACUGGAACAGGAACUGGAACAGGAACUGGAACAGGAACUGGAACAGGAACUGGAACAGGAACUGGAACAGGAACUGGAACAGGAACUGGAACAGGAACUGGAACAGGAACUGGAACUGGAACAGGAACAGAAACAGGAACAGGAACAGGAACAGGAACUGGAACUGGAACAGGAUCUGGAACAGGAACUGGAACUGGAACUGGAACAGGAACUGGAACAGGAACUGGAACAGGAACUGGAACAGGAACUGGAACAGGAACUGGAACAGGAACUGGAACAGGAACUGGAACAGGAACUGGAACAGGAACUGGAACAGGAACUGGAACAGGAACUGGAACAGGAACUGGAACAGGAACUGGAACAGGAACUGGAACAGGAACUGGAACAGGAACUGGAACAGGAACUGGAACAGGAACUGGAACAGGAACUGGAACAGGAACUGGAACAGGAACUGGAACAGGAACUGGAACAGGAACUGGAACAGGAACUGGAACAGGAACUGGAACAGGAACUGGAACAGGAACUGGAACAGGAACUGGAACAGGAACUGGAACAGGAACUGGAACAGGAACUGGAACAGGAACUGGAACAGGAACUGGAACAGGAACUGGAACAGGAACUGGAACAGGAACUGGAACAGGAUCUGGUACAGGAACUGGAACUGGAACUGGAACAGGAACUGGAACAGGAACUGGAACAGGAACUGGAACAGGAACUGGAACAGGAACUGGAACAGGAACUGGAACAGGAACUGGAACAGGAACUGGAACAGGAACUGGAACAGGAACUGGAACAGGAACUGGAACAGGAACUGGAACAGGAUCUGGUACAGGAACUGGAACUGGAACUGGAACAGGAACUGGAACAGGAACUGGAACAGGAACUGGAACAGGAACUGGAACAGGAACUGGAACAGGAACUGGAACAGGAACUGGAACAGGAACUGGAACAGGAACUGGAACUGGAACAGGAACAGAAACAGGAACAGGAACAGGAACAGGAACUGGAACUGGAACAGGAUCUGGAACAGGAACUGGAACUGGAACUGGAACAGGAUCUGGUACAGGAUCUGGUACCGGAUCUGGAACAGGAUCUGAAACAGGAUCUGGAACAGGAACUGGAACAGAAACUGGAACAGAAACUGGAACAGGAACCGGAACAGGAACUGGAACUGAAACAGGAACUGGAACAGGAUCUGGAACAGGAUCUGGUACAGGAUCUGGUACAGGAUCUGGUACAGGAUCUGGAACAGGAUCUGGAACAGGAUCUGAAACAGGAACUGGAACAGAAACUGGAACAGGAACCGGAACAGGAACUGGAACAGGAACUGAAACAGGAACUGGAACAGGAUCUGAAACAGGAUCUGGUACAGGAACUGGAACAGGAACUGGAACUGGAACCGGAACUGAAACAGGAACUGGAACAGGAUCUGGAACAGGAUCUGGUACAGGAUCUGGUACAGGAUCUGGAACAGGAUCUGGAACAGGAUCUGAAACAGGAACUGGAACAGAAACUGGAACAGGAACCGGAACAGGAACUGGAACAGGAACUGGAACUGGAACAGGAACUGGAACAGGAUCUGAAACAGGAUCUGGUACAGGAACUGGAACAGGAACUGGAACUGGAACCGGAACUGGAACCGGAACUGGAUCAGGAUCUGGAACAGGAACAGGAACAGGAACAGGGACAGGAACAGGAACAGGAACAGGAACUGGAACUGGAGCUGGAACUGGAACUGGAACAGGAACUGGAACUGGAACUGGAACAGGAACUGAAACAGGAACUGGAACAGGAACUGAAACAGGAACUGGAUCAGGAACAGGAACUGAAACUGGAACUGGAACAGGAACAGGAACAGGAACUGGAACAGGAACAGGAACAGGAACUGGAACUGGAACUGGAACAGGAACUGGAACAGGAACUGAAACAGGAACUGGAUCAGGAACUGGAUCAGGAACAGGAACUGAAACUGGAACUGGAACAGGAACAGGAACAGGAACUGAAACAGGAACUGGAACAGGAACAGGAACUGGAACUGGAACAGGAACAGGAACUGGAACAGGAACUGAAACAGGAACUGGAACAGGAACAGGAACUGGUACAGGAACUGGAACAGGAUCUGGAACAGGAUCUGGAACAGAAACAGGAACUACCGAGACAGUGGAAAGCACAACAAUGCCACUUGUUAUUGCACCAGGCCCAGGUCCGGAUCCGUUCGAAAUAGUCGACCUCGCCAAUGGUGAUGCCGAAUACUCGAUCAGUUACUUCAAAAGGGUUUACAAUUCGACAACCAACAGUGCCGUUUCACCGA